AUGUCUCAAACUCGUGAGGAUUCUGUCUACCUAGCUAAACUGGCUGAACAAGCCGAACGUUAUGAGGAAAUGGUCGAAAACAUGAAGGCUGUCGCUUCUUCAGGUCAAGAACUAUCUGUCGAAGAGCGCAACUUAUUAUCAGUUGCUUACAAGAACGUCAUUGGUGCUCGUCGUGCUUCUUGGAGAAUAGUUUCUUCAAUCGAACAGAAAGAAGAAUCAAAGGAAAAAUCUGAACAUCAAGUCGAAUUAAUUCGCUCUUACCGCUCUAAAAUUGAACUUGAAUUGACUAAAAUUUCUGAUGACAUUUUGUCCGUAUUAGAUUCUCAUUUGAUUCCUUCUGCUACUACCGGUGAAUCUAAGGUAUUCUACUAUAAAAUGAAGGGUGACUACCACCGUUAUUUGGCUGAAUUUUCUAGUGGCGAUGCUAGAGAAAAAGCAACAAAUGCCUCUUUGGAAGCUUACAAGACGGCCUCCGAAAUUGCCACCACCGAGUUGCCUCCAACUCACCCAAUUCGUUUAGGUUUAGCCUUGAACUUCUCCGUCUUCUAUUACGAAAUUCAAAACUCUCCAGACAAAGCCUGUCAUCUGGCUAAACAAGCCUUCGACGAUGCUAUUGCUGAACUAGAUACUUUAUCUGAAGAAUCAUACAAGGAUAGUACUUUGAUCAUGCAAUUAUUGAGAGAUAAUUUGACCUUAUGGACUUCUGACAUUUCUGAAUCUGGCCAAGAAGAUCAACAACAACAACAGCAACAACAACAACAACAACAAGCUCCAGCUGAGCCAACCCAAGGUGAACCGGCCAAAUAA